ACCACAGGUCCAUGACAUGACCCACGGGCUAUAAAAACAGGACCAGACAGUUGAUCUUUACUUUACAGUUCCAGAACACCAUGAGGACCUUCGCUCUUCUCGCUGUUGCCAUCUUUGGCUGUGUGGUUGCCCAGCCUGGUGGCGGAAGCGUCAACUUUGACGACCUCUUCAGAAGAUAUGCCGGAAAUGACAAUCUGCUACAGAGAGCUGAGUUUGACAGAUUCUGGCUUCAUUUUGACGACGAUUCUGACGGUGAUGUGACCAAACAAGAAUUUGACCAGGGCUGGAGACAAGAAGGUUUCCCCAACCCCCAGAACGCCCCACUCUACUUCCUCGAGCUGGACAGAGUCAACGAUGAGGUCCUCAACGUCCUCGACUUCCCACACAUCUUCCGCCUGUUCGAUGAGGAUGGCAAUGGUGCCAUCAGUGAACGAGAAAUGAGAUAUAACUGGAAUGCUUAUUUCGACUAAACUGUAAUGUUUGUUAAUUUCAUAUGAUCAAGCUACUAAUUUCUUUGCCAUGCUAGAUUUUUGAAAAUAAAUGUGUAUCUUUAAAGGCG